CGCGGGCUGCACCGCCUGUAUUGCUAUGGUAGCGGCGUCCGGGUGGGUCGGGCCUCUGAGCUCCUGGCUUCCUUGGGCCGCGUUAAUGGAGGACUUCGCCUCGGGUCGGGCAUGAGCGGGGCCUCCCGCUGCCUCGGGGAACAUGCCCCAGUCUACCUACUGCUACGUGCGGGCCGUGGGCAGGGGCAGUUACGGGGAGGUGACGCUCGUGAAGCAUCGGCGGGACGGCAAGCAGUACGUUAUCAAAAAACUGAACCUCCGAAAUGCCUCCAGCCGAGAGCGCCGAGCUGCGGAGCAGGAGGCUCAGCUUCUGUCCCAGCUGAGACACCCCAACAUCGUCACCUACAAAGAGUCCUGGGAGGGAGGAGAUGGACUGCUGUACAUCGUCAUGGGCUUCUGCGAAGGAGGCGACCUGUACCGGAAGCUCAAGGAACAGAAGGGGCAGCUUCUGCCCGAGAGUCAGGUGGUGGAGUGGUUUGUCCAGAUCGCCAUGGCUUUGCAGUAUUUACAUGAGAAACACAUCCUUCAUCGAGAUCUGAAAACUCAGAAUGUCUUCUUAACAAGAACAAACAUCAUCAAGGUGGGUGACCUAGGUAUUGCCCGAGUGUUGGAGCACCAGAGCGACAUGGCGAGCACUCUCAUUGGCACUCCCUACUACAUGAGCCCUGAGCUGUUCUCAAACCAGCCCUACAACUAUAAGUCUGAUGUCUGGGCUUUGGGAUGCUGUGUCUAUGAAAUGGCCACCCUGAAGCACGCUUUUAAUGCAAAAGAUAUGAAUUCUUUAGUUUAUCGGAUUAUUGAAGGAAAGUUGCCACCAAUGCCAAAAGUUUAUAGUCCACAGCUGGCAGAGCUGAUACGAACAAUGCUGAACAGGAGGCCUGAAGAAAGACCCUCUGUGCGGAGCAUCCUGAGGCAGCCUUAUAUAAAACACCAAAUCUCCUUGUUUUUGGAGGCCACAAAAGCAAAAACUUCCAAAAAUAAUAUUAAAAAUGGUGACUCCAAAGCCAAGCCUGUUGCUGCUGUAGUUUCCAGAAAGGAAGAGUCAAAUCAUGAAGUGAUACACUACCAGCCAUGCCCUUCUGAAGGUCCCAUUACACAAGUCUCGGGUGAAGAUAAGUGUUUGUCCCAAGAGAAACCAGUGGCCAUUGGUCCCUUGAAAUCACCUGCUGGCCUCAAAGGCCACACUGGCAAACCAUACAUGAACAAUACUGCAGAGUCAUUUGCCACAGUCAGUAGGAUAAAUAUUGAUAUCUUACCUGUAGAAAGGAGGGACUUAGCAAAUAAUGGCAUAGUUCAGGAGAAUCAACCAAAACACUCGGAUGCCUGUAAUGAAGUAGAUAGUCAAUGCGGUAUUUCUCAAGACAAGAAGGAGAGUCUACAGGGUGAUAACAAGUCCAGUGAUCAGCAUGAAAAUCUGCUUCCCAGAUGCCCCUCUGAUGAUGGCGAUGGGGAACAGAAUGAGCCAGUGAAGCCAUCACAGCCCCCAAAUAAAGAUCAAAAUCCAGAACAGGAUCAAGUUACCAGUGGAUGUAUAACAGAAAAACAGGACAGCAUCCACCCCAGAUUCCAGCCACACAGCUCUGUGUCUGAACCUUCCGUGUCUCAACAGCAAAGGCAGAGAGAACAGACUGACCAAGAUGGCUGUAUAUGAACUGAUAAUAUAUUCCUCUUUACAUUACAUAAGUUCCAAGAAUCACCCCCUUGGCUUUUGCCUUCUCACCCUGAUCUGGGAAAAGUGGAUAUCAUAUCAAUACAACAGAAUGAUGAAAACCAAAGUAGAUCCGUGGCUGGGUCUGUAAACAGUUCAAGGAUCAGCUCAAUGCCAUCAUCCAAGGAUCGACCAUUAUCAGCCAGAGAGAGACGGCGACUAAAGCAGUCACAGGAAGAGAAGCUCCCCUCAGGCCCAUCAGUUCGGAGAACUCCAAGCACAGUGGGACCAGUGAAACCACGGGAAGAAGACCAACCUAUCCCUGCCCGACGAUUCUCUUCUCACUCCAACAUCACUCAGGAAAAGAGACAGUCACAUGGUCUGACUGAGGAUGAGUUAAGUUCUUCUACAAGCUCAACUGAGAAGUCAGAUGGGGAUUUCAGGGAGGGGAAAAGUCAUACAAAUGAAAUGAGUGACUUGGUGCAGCUGAUGACUCAAACCCUUAAGAUGGAUUCUAAAGAGAUCUGUGAAGACCUCCCAGUACUAAAUCCAGCGUCAGAAUUCAGACUUCAUCGGAAGUAUCGAGACACACUGGUACUUCACGGCAAGGCUGCGGAAGAAGUGGAACUCCACUGCCAAGAGCUGCCAUCAGCUGUCAUACCAGGUUCUGAGAAGAUCAGGAGAAUAGUUGAAGUUUUGAGAGCUGAUGUAAUCCAGGGCCUGGGGAUUCAGCUUCUAGAACAGGUGUAUGAUCUUUUGGAGGAGGAGGAAGAUGAAUUAGAGAGAGAGGUACGGUUACGGGCACACAUGGGGGACAAGUAUACAACUUACAGUGUGAAAGCUCGCCAGUUGAAGUUUUUUGAAGAAAAUGUGAAUUUUUGAGAUUUGUUCUAACAUGCUGCCAGAACUGGAGCCUAUUUUCAGAGGUUUCUCGUCUAAAAAAAACAAAACAAAACAAAACAAAACAAAACAAAACAAAAAAACCUGUUUUGGUUAUUCAGAGACCACUCCUGUCCUUCACUGUCUCUUUGGGGUCUUCCUACUAUAAAAUAUUGGACAAUGUCGACUAAUGUGAAACAAGACCACAAAAGAAAACCCUUUGAAUAUCAUUUUUAUUUUUAUGAGGAAAAAUGUUAUAUUUGUUUGUUACUGUUUACUGAGCCUUAAACCAACUUUAUAUCUAGUUUAUUUUUUUUUUAAGAUAUUAACUAGCUUGAAAUGGGGCCAGAAACAUUGUACUAGAGUGAUAAAAACAGGAGAAACAACUGACAUCUCGUAAUACUUGCUAUUGUUUAUAACUUUAGAGAGCAGUGAUGUUUAUUCUCUAAUGUCAACUCACUAUUCUGAGAAUAGAUUGAACAACUUUUUUUUUUAUAUACAUAAAUGGAUGUUUAAGAUUUUCAUUUAAUCUUAACCUUAGUGAGGUUCAGUCUUUAGACUCUUAGAACUCUUGUUCAGUCUAAAUUAUAUCUUUGUAACUCAUUAUGACUUAACAUGUUUGGUUUCUUUUUUCCACCAGCAAAACCAUCUCUUAAACAUGAAUUUCUCUUUCAACUACGCAUUGUCUAAGGAAAGUCCAUGUGCUUAGUUCUAUUGGAUACCUGCAAUGUUUGUUUUUAUGUACAAUAAAGUUCAGUUUUAAAUGUGUGACUGUAAUGCUGGAUGCAGUGGUGCACACUUGAAUCCUAGCACCUGAGAAACAUAGACAGGUGGGUCAUGAGUUCAGUGCUAGCCUGGACGACAAAGCAAGUUCAAGGUCAGCUCAUACUAGAGACCCUCAUCUCAAAAAAGAAAAAAAAAAGUCAUAUUGUAUAUCACAUGUUGUUAGUUAUGUAGAAAGUAAUGUCCAUCUAGAAAUAUUUUAUAAAUAAAAUGUCUUUAGUAAA